AUAUAACCAAGAAUCCAUAGAAGGCAAAAGAUGAAGGGCACAAAGGCAUCCACUUAACCAACUAAAACCGAAAAUGGCGCUACGAAUCCACGCUCCAUCUUCUUUAGCUACCGGAUUUUACCACCGCAACUUCACCUUCCCAAAACCCAAAUUUACCGUCAAAUCGGAGAAACCAACCGUCGACGCCGAGCCCACUCCCGAGCCCAAAAAGCCCGCCGCGCCUGGCCGAGGGUUUGGCUCCUCGUCCUCCUCCUCACCCACUGGUAAGUCAACAGUAAGCAGCAGCAGCAGCGGCGGCAGAGAAAAGAAGCAGAAGGGGAAAAGAGAGAGGGCGUCUAUAAUACGGCGGUCGCCGGUUGAGACACCCGCGUUUGUGAGCAAAGAAGAGGAGGCAAAGGCGGAGGAAUUGAGGAAAAACGAGAGUGCUUUUCUACUUGCUUGGUUGGGGCUUGGUGGGAUCAUUCUUGUGCAGGGCAUUGUUCUUGCUGCUUCAGGCUUCCUACCAGAAGAAUGGGAUAAGUUCUUUGUGAAGUACUUGUACCCAUCUUUCACCCCUACUGUUCUCUUGUUUCUUGCUGGAACUGUUGCAUAUGGAGUGUUGAAGUACCUGGAAAAUGAGAAACUCAAGGACCAAAAGUAAAUAGUUCAUCCAAGUAAUAUGGGUAAAUCACGUGUUUAGUACUUAAAUUAUCAGUGAAUAUCAAGUGAGCAUUUGUACAUUUCUGCAGGCUAUACUUUCUGUUUUGUGCUUUCCUUGUUAAGAAAAUUGUAUGUAC